GACCGCGCUGGCCAUGGCCUCCAACUUUAACGACAUAGUCAAGCAGGGCUACGUGAAAAUCCGCAGCAGGAAGCUGGGGAUUUUCAGACGAUGUUGGUUGGUUUUUAAGAAGGCUUCUAGCAAGGGACCCAGAAGGCUAGAAAAAUUUCCAGAUGAAAAGGCAGCUUAUUUCAGAAACUUUCACAAGGUAACUGAACUGCACAACAUCAAAAAUAUUACCAGACUGCCUCGAGAGACAAAGAAGCAUGCAGUGGCAAUUAUCUUUCAUGACGAAACGUCAAAGACAUUUGCUUGUGAGUCAGAGCUGGAGGCUGAGGAGUGGUGCAAACACCUUUGCAUGGAAUGCCUGGGGACAAGGCUGAACGACAUCAGCCUAGGGGAGCCUGACCUACUGGCUGCAGGCGUGCAGCGGGAACAGAACGAACGAUUCAAUGUUUAUCUUAUGCCUACACCUAACCUGGAUAUUUAUGGUGAAUGCACAAUGCAGAUCACCCAUGAGAAUAUCUAUCUCUGGGAUAUCCACAAUGCCAAGGUCAAGCUGGUGAUGUGGCCUCUUAGCUCACUAAGAAGAUAUGGUCGGGAUUCAACGUGGUUCACCUUUGAGUCGGGAAGAAUGUGUGACACGGGAGAAGGACUAUUCACUUUUCAAACCAGGGAAGGAGAAAUGAUCUAUCAGAAGGUCCACUCUGCAACACUGGCCAUAGCUGAGCAACAUGAAAGAUUAAUGCUAGAAAUGGAGCAGAAGGCCCGGCUUCAGACAAGCUUGACUGAACCGAUGACAUUAUCGAAAUCCAUCUCUCUUCCUCGCAGUGCGUACUGGCAUCACAUUACGCGUCAGAACAGUGUUGGAGAAAUCUACAGCUUGCAAGGUCAUGGGUUUGGCUCAUCAAAGAUGUCCAGGGCACAGACAUUUCCAAGUUAUGCUGCAGAACAGAGUGAAGAGGCUCAGCCACCGUUGUCUCGGUCCAGCAGCUAUGGAUUCAGCUAUAGCUCCAGCCUGAUUCAGUGACAUACAGAGGCCACCACUGACCAGCAAAACAGUCUGCCCUGGACCUUCCAUGGGGUCAUUUCACCCUGUGUAUCCUGGAAGAUCAAUUGUGGUACAAAUUAACAUUGGUAGGGCC